AUGAAGAGGGAUAUCUCUCCAGACAUUCUAUUCCUUAUGGAAACUAAAAACCCCGACAGCUUUGUCGCAAAGAAGAUGGACAAGCUGAAAAACCGAAGAAAAGAAUUGUGGGAUCAAUUGAUCGACGUAAAUGCGGCUCGAGAAGCACCCUGGUUUCUAACCGGUGACUUCAAUGACCUACUCAACAAUGCAGAAAAAGAUGGAGGGGUGACUCGCUCUGAAGCUUCCUUUACAGACCUGAGAACUUUCUUCUCCGAAGGUGACCUAUUUGAUUUACAAUACUCGGGAGAUUUCCUGUCAUGGAGAGGGAAACGUGGUGAUGAUUUGGUCCGCUGUAGACUAGAUCGCGCAGUAGCGAACAGUGAUUGGGCUGAGCUGUUUCCGACGGCAAGAUCUCUAUAUCUGGCCUUUGAAAGAUCGGAUCACAAACCAUUACUAUCCUGCUUUGAGCCAGAGAAGAGAAAGCAACGAGGAUUGUUCCAUUAUGACCGACGACUAAAGAACAACCCGGAAGUAAAAGACUUGGUAGCCAAGACAUGGAUGAGUGGGUCUUUUAGAACUGUCACUGACAGAAUCUCAGCAAUGAGAUCAGUCCUAAUUGGAUGGAGCAGGCAACAGGCCCUGAACAGUAGAGCCCGUAUCGAAGAGAAGAAGUUUCAACUGGAUCAAGCACUAACGGAUCCUAUAAAUGAUACAGAGCUGAUAACAAAAGUGACUAAGGAACUUGAUGAUGCAUAUGCAGCCGAGGAGAGCUAUUGGCAAAAAAGGAGCAGGCAGCUAUGGCUAAGCCUAGGAGAUAGAAACACCGGCUACUUUCACGCUGUGUCCAAGAACCGGAAACGAAUCAAUGCCUUUUCGGUUAUUGAGAACUCAGAAGGAGAACCGGUUUAUCAGGAAGAUCAAAUUGGGAGAGUUAUUGUAGACUACUUCCAGCAGCUGUUCACAUCAAUGGGAGGAGACAGAGAGGAAACUGUGAACUACGCCCUAUCCCCUAUGAUCACGGCAGAGACAAACGAAGAGUUAAUCCGCAUACCGUCUGCACUGGAAAUUAAGGAGGCAGUCUUCUAUGUUCACGCACACAAAGCCCCGGGACCGGAUGGCUUCUCGGCCAGCUUCUUUCAUACGAAUUGGGAAAACAUAGGAGCGGAAAUAGAGAAGGAAAUCCAGGAGUUUUUCAUGACAGACAAACUGCCAGACAAGAUCAACGAAACCCAUAUCCGACUUAUUUCGAAGAUACAAAGCCCGAAGACGGUUGCUGAGUACAGGCCCAUCGCCUUAUGCAAUGUCUACUACAAGAUCAUCUCCAAGAUCUUGACCAAGAGGCUGCAGCCACUGUUAUCGGGUUUCAUCUCAGAGAAUCAGUCCGCCUUUGUCCCGGGCCGAGCAAUAUCGGACAAUGUCCUCAUCACCCAUGAAGUCCUUCACUACCUAAAGACAUCUAAGGCAGAGAAGAGAGUGUCUAUGGCGGUUAAAACCGAUAUGAGUAAAGCCUAUGAUAGGCUCGAAUGGGACUUCAUCAAAUUGUGUGUCUCUACAGUUACUUACUCCUUCCUCAUUAACGGCUCGCCUAGAGGAAGAGUCACACCGAGUAGAGGUAUCCGUCAAGGAGACCCUCUCUCACCAUACAUCUUCAUUUUGUGUAGUGAGGUUCUCUCGGGUCUAUGUAACAAAGCGCAAGAGGACGGAACCCUUAAAGGAGUCCGUGUACGAGGGUGUCCUCGUCUCAACCAUCUCCUCUUCGCCGAUGACACAAUGUUCUUCCUUCGAGCAAGCAAGGAAAGUGGAGAGGCUCUAUGCCGGUUAUUGAAGCGCUAUGAAGAGGCUUCCGGACAGUCAAUCAACACUGAAAAAUCCUCGAUCAAUUUCUCUAGACACGCCCCGGUAGCUCUAAAAAUGGCUGUCAAAGACGCUCUCUCGAUCCAGAAAGAGGGAGGUAUCGGAAAAUAUCUCGGGCUUCCAGAGCUGUUCGGAAGGAAAAAGAGAGACUUAUUCUCAUCAAUAGUGGACCGCAUAAAGCAAAAGGCCUGCGGGUGGUCAAACCGUUUCUUAUCGACAGCCGGGAAGAUGACUAUGCUCACAAGUGUGUUAUCCCCCAUUCCGUCACACGCUAUGUCUUGUUUCCAACUUCCGAUAUCUCUGUGUAAGAGAAUUCAAUCAGCGUUAACACGCUUCUGGUGGGACACGAACAUGGGAAACAAGAAGAUGGCAUGGAUUGCUUGGUCUAAGCUGGUGCAACUCAAGGAAAGUGGAGGAUUAAACUUCAGAGACAUUCAGAGCUUUAAUGAAGCGUUCCUUGCAAAACUAAGUUGGAGGCUCAUCAAUCGUCCCGACUCCCUACUUGGCCGAGUCCUGUUUGGGAAGUAUUGCAACUCCGAAAGCUUCUUAGAAUGUUCAGAGAAAACGGCAAUAUCCCAUGGAUGGAGGGGGAUUCUAAUUGGUCGCGAUAUCAUCAUCAACUCUGCAGGCUGGGAAGUAGGCAAUGGCUCCAGCAUCAACAUCUGGGAAAAACCAUGGCUCAGUUUCUCCACACAGCUGAGACCUAUGGGGCCACCACCGAGAGAAUUCUCCCAGCUCACAGUGUCGGAUCUCAUGCUCCCGGACCGAAAUGAGUGGGAUAUUGAUAUGAUCCAGCGAGUGCUUCCUUUCGAGGAACAGAGGAUCCUAGCCAUUAAGCCAAGUUUAACCGGGGCUCCGGAUAAACUCUCUUGGCUGAGCACGGAUACAGGAGAUUAUUCGACAAAAACCGGAUACAAAGCAGUCCUUUCCUCUCGAAGUGUAGAGGAUGCAGGGAGUAUAGAGGAGUGUUCUUUCGAUUGGAAGAAGAGUGUUUGGAAGCUUCAAACAACACCGAAGAUCAAGUUGUUCAUCUGGAAAGCUCUUCAUGGAGCAUUACCCGUUAGCGAAGCUCUCAAAGCCAGGGGAAUCAACACUGAUGGACAAUGUAAACGAUGUAAUAUGCCUGAAUCUAUUGAUCAUCUGCUCUUUCAUUGCUCCUAUGCUAGACAGGUUUGGGAAUCAGCUCCUGUCUCCCCAAGCAUUGAGUACAGUGGAUCCAUAGAUUUAAGGAACAACUGGAGUAGCUUCUGCUCAAGAAAGAGUUUGCCACCAACUGGAGUUUCUACAGGAGCUUUGGCUCCUUGGAUCACAUGGCAGCUAUGGUUAGCUCGGAAUAAGCUCGUAUUUGAAGGGAAAAUCAUCACAGUGGAAGAAACCAUUUCCAGAGCAUCUGCCUGCGCCCAAGAAUGGAUCUCGUGCCAAGAUCAGGUGAAAAAUGCAAAGCAAACGAUACCAACUAGAUCUCCCUUGCACCCGGAAUGCGCCUUGGUGAGAACCGACGCGGCUUGGAGCGAAACCUUAAAAAUUGCAGGGCUAGGUUGGACAACUAGACGCCAAGAGAGAGACUUUCCAUUCGCGACCACAGUGCAUCACGUAGAGUCUCCACUUGCAGCAGAAGGAUUGGCUAUGAGGGAAGCUCUCCUGAAAUGCAGAGAAAUUGGCCUGUCAAAGCUCAGAUGUGAAUCGGAUUCUGCUAUCUUGAUCAAAGCCAUAAAUUUGCGCUCCCCACUGGUCCCUGUAAGAGAAACUCAUGUUGAUGAACUUCUCAAUGCUGUAGUAGGUAGAGUUGGUUACUCCUACUGCGAGACUGGAAACCGGAUGGAAAUCGUGUGGGUUGACAGCAAUCUGUAG